AUGAACGGAUGGGCUGAGGUCGAUGAAUUGCACGAUUACCAUGAAUUAUUCUUCUUGCUGGGAUCGCAGUUUUCGGCAUCGUUGAGGAAGCUCUCCCUUAAGCCCACUGCAAUUUCGUACGACCAUCCUGUACGUCUGUUGGAUUCGACGUACCCAUCACUCGACCCUCACCAACUUGAAUGGCUAGACCUCGACAUUUGGGGCCGCAUUCAAAUAACAAGCGUGAAUCUUCGCACCAUGGCCCUCUCUUGGCCCAAGAUCAUAGCCCUUCGUAUCACAGCAGAUCAUGAUACUGCUGUUGCACCAUCUAUUUAUACCUUGGCAGACCUUGCUCACCAUUGUCCGCAUCUCCAGAAGCUGUGUCUCCCUGGUGUAGAGGUUAUCACUCCUCCGCCUCCCGAGCUCAAAUCCUCACCCGUCUCGGGGCACGCACUCAAAGUCUUUACUAUGGCAGGCCCGGAGAAUGAGAGUCCGCCCUUCAGAAUUGAGGUUGCUGACCCGGCGCAGGUCGCUGAGUUUCUGGACACGCUUUUCCCUCAGGUUCGGCUGGAGUUCUAUGUGGAAGGGGACUGGGAACGGGUCAUCGAGAAGCAGGAAGCAUUGCAGGCUGCUCGGCGCAAUGCUCGAGCUCGAGCUGAGAAGGAUGAUCGAAGAUUACUAGUGGAUGGUUGA